AUGGACGAGUCCGAGGAAGAGGUCGACACUCGGAUCGAGUCGCUUUUGCGCCAACGCCAGUCACUAACAGAUGAUCUGCUGGCUAGCCCGUACGACCUCGUCCUCUAUAUAAAGCGCGCAUUGGUAUAUUCCGACCUAGCUUAUCCAGACUUAGCUGCCGGAGAUGCUUACAAGGCGCUGUUAUUGACCGACGAAGUUCGCGACGAAAGUUUCGAGUAUCACGAUCUAGCCCUCGAUGCUCUCACGGCGUACUCCCGCGGUCCUUUGUUGGACGUCUUGGACUACGGCUCGCUAUCGGGAAGACAGUCACGCCUGCCUGAACUUGACGGUGGCAUCAAAGAUAUCGCCGCCCUUGCUUCGCUUGCCGCCGUUCGUUGUUAUCAGAUAUUAUCUUUGAGCCUGCUUCUAUGUGGCUGUCUGAAGAGCGCUUACAAUUUCUGCGAACGUGGCCUUGCUCUUUCGCCCGAUAAUCAGGAGCUUCUGAACACGAGAGGGUAUAUUCACACUGUUGCCGGUCGCAGAACACGUAGGUCGGUCUCCAACGUGAACGAUCUUCCCGAUUGGGGUAUGGUGCGUAGGGAAGUAUAUCCUUGGAACAGCUAUGAACCCGAUCGGUUUUCGGACGAGUCUCUGGAACUUCUCAACGCCGAGUUGGUCAAGAUGGCGCCUAAGUGUACUGUCAAAGUCGCGCAGUUGCCUAUAUUGCUAGGAUGUUCAAGUCGUACUGACGGAUACGACAUCAUUCCAACCUGUGACCAACUUGGUGUUUUUGCCAAGGAAGAUAUCGCGCCAGGAGAAGACGUACUUGUAGAGUACUCGUUGGUAACGGCUAACAACCGCCUCAAGGAGUCGGUCUGUGAUGCUUGCAGUGGCGAGUUGCCGCCUCUGGGGGGCGAUUCAACCGCUGUUAAUUGUCCAGAAUGUUUCGACACCGUGUUCUGCGACCAACAUUGUUUUGAACAGGCUCAGGCGCUUUACCAUCCAGCCGUUUGCGAAAAGGACGUCGAUUCAAUCGCCAAAGAUCCUGACGCGAAAGAGGCCGACGAGACUCUUCAUCUGUUACUACUCGCGCGUGUACUAGCCAUGGCGGCCCACCAAGAUAUCAAUCCACUUGACGUUAACCAAAUCAAAUAUAUUUGGGGGGAUUUUGUAUCUUCCAAAACUAACGAGAUUGAUUUGUCCCCUAAAGCGGGUCCGCCUCCCGAUUGGACGCUUCCCUUCUCCUUUACCUACAACAUCGAGACACCCUUUCACAUUCUCGAGAAGAUGGAUAUCGAUAUAUACGCAACCCUGGCCAAGUACGACAUAUGGGUGUUCAACACACUCUAUGGCAAAUUUCGCGGCACCGCAUCGGCUCGCAAAAAUCCAAAAGAUGGGCGUCCCGACGUCGCCGCCGUCCACCCUUUUUGGUGCCUUGCCAACCACGACUGUAAUCCAAAUGUCACUUGGACCUGGGGUGGUCGGAUGGUGUUGAAAGCCCGCGAGACAAGAGUCGUAGGCAACGCACCAGGCGGUAUAAAAGCUGGGGAGGAGAUUCUUAAUCACUACUGUGAUGUGGACCUUUCCGUGCAGCAACGUCGGGAGUGGGCACAAGGAAGUCUUGGUGGCUGGUGCAUGUGUCGUAGAUGCCGCGAAGAAGCCUCCCAGUCUGAGAACAAUUCCCCCGGGUAA